ACGUGCCAAGGGCCCUCUCCAGCUCAGUACAUACAUAGGUACCUUGUUACCCUACAGUUUCAGGUCCAGUUCCAGCCAUCCCCUACGCGCCACCUCUUCUUGUUAGCAACCUCGAAUAACUACCUGCUUGAUAACAUCCACUGUGACACUCCGUCAAAGAUGGCGAUUCAAAUCCUCUCAGACUUACAUCUAGAGGCGCCCAAAGCAUACGAUGUGUUUGAAAUAGAGCCCAAGGCGCCGCACCUGGCUUUGCUCGGCGACAUUGGCAAUGUUGUGGCUCACAAGGACGACUUUCUCGGGUUUCUGACCCGACAGCUGCAGCGGUUCCGAACCGUGAUGCUCGUGCCCGGGAAUCAUGAAGCAUACCAUUCCAGCUGGCCCGAAACCCUCAGCGUUCUUCAUGCCUUUGAAAACGAUUCGAGAGCGCGCAACGACUCUUCGCUGGGCGAGUUUGUCCUGCUCGACCGCCGCGUCCUGCGGCUACCAGACUCUGACAUCGUGGUCUUGGGAUGCAGCCUCUUCUCCUACGUCCCGCCAGAGAGUCGCAUGGCUGUUAGUAUGGGCAUGAACGACUUUUUUCUAACCGACGGAUGGGACGUGGACGCGCACAACGAGACGCACAGGCGGGAUCUCUCGUGGCUAAACGCUCAGGUCGCCGACCUCGAGCGUUCCGGCGUCAACAAGAUCAUCAUGUUGUCGCACUGGAGCCCAACCAUGGAUGCGCGAGCAAUCGACCCGAAGCACGCCGGCAGCCGCGUCACGAGUGCCUUUUCGACCGACGCAUUACAAUUGCGACUUUGUUGCUGACCGGGAGGAUGGUGCCGGCCCAUUGAGAUUGGUGUCGAACCAGAGGGGAUACUACUUUGCUCAGAG